AAGAGGAAGCGAAUCGGGAAAAAGAUAAAGAGGACUCUUUUCAGUGGACAAUGGCCUCAACCAUUCUUCCACCGUCCAACGCUCACCUUCUCUGCUUUAACACUCAUCACCGCUCUCUCUCUCUUUCUCUCUCUCCAACUAUCAUCAAGUGGGGAUGGAGAAGAGAGCAAGAUGCAAGCAUAGUUGCCAAUAGAACCCGAGGUCAAGCAUUUCUUGUCCUGGCAAAUCCCAAUGUAUCUUCAGGAAAGGAAGGUUCAAAUAAAGAUGUGGUCAUGGUUGAUCCUGUGGAAGCCAAGCGUUUGGCUGCCAAACAAAUGGAAAGAAUUAAAGCAAAAGAGAAAAUCAAGAAAAGACGCCAAAUUGAGGCUAUUAAUGGAGCAUGGGCAAUGAUUGGUCUCACGGCAGGCCUCGUUAUUGAAGGCCAAACUGGAAAAAGUAUUCUUACUCAGGUGAAAUUUGGAAAUGUUCCUUUCUACAUGUGCUUGUGUCAUAACUAUGAGCUUAGAUAAACAACACAUGGAGACGUGAGGACAUUAUUGAAUGCAUACACCAAAUGGAAAGGAUAAGGCUUCUCUAAGGUUUGUCUCUAAUGUAAGCAAGUAAGGGUGUAUCCAUUCCAUAUUCAAUUUAAGUGCAUUAUGAUGGUUGGAUAUAUUCUUACUUGCUCACUUCGGAGGAGCUUUUUCCAAAGGACAUAACCUAGAAAAUUUUUCUUGUAUCCUUGUUAUCAACUUCUCAAAUCAAACAAUGAUGUGGAUAUUUUCCUACAUUUAAUAGUCUUCAUUAAAAAUAUGCUUUGGAAUUUUAAAAUAUCCACAUGUCAGUGUUUGAUUUCCAAAGUUGAUAGUGAGGCUAUAAGAAACUUGACUUAUGUUUUAUCCCUUUUCCAACGAGAUAUCUGAUGUUUGAAUUACUUUUAUCGGUUUUUCUAAUGUAUGUAGAAAGGUACAUUAUAAGAACCUAUGGAUAAUAAAUUUUUAUUGAAAAUAUAAGAUAUUACGAAAUUAAUGCAUUGGCAACAUUAAAUACAAUUUUCAAUAGAAAGUUACUAUUUAUAGUUUCUUAUUGUGUACCCUUGAGUAAGUUUAAAAAAUCAUACUUUUAUUACUUUCAUUUGGCUGAACAUUUCCUGUUUGCUGUUUAAUGUAUAAACAAUUUUUCCUUUCAGCUGCAAGACUACUUUGGUGCAAUUAUUAGCUUUUUUGUGCGGUAGACUUCUUCCAAGAUGUGCAUGUAUACAUAUUAAUAAAUUCAGAUUCUUUCUCACAUUCUUUGUAAUUAUAUCUGUUGAAAGUACACCGAUCAGGUUUUUUCUUCACAGACUGAGCCUUACUAUUUUCACUACUCAAUUUUCGUUGUUUCUGAUAAUGCAAAAUAUGUAACAAGAUUUUACAAAAGAAUUGAGCUGCUAGUCAAUUAAUGUUGUUUGGUAAGGAUGUUUGUCUA